AGGACGAUAUCUUAGAGGCAGCGUCUAUAGCAAGUACUAAUUACACAUACCAGUCUGACGAGCGACCUGACCUUGACCUACUUAUCCGAGCUACACCUGAGUAUGGUAUUCCAAGACAUAACCCACUCACUGGUGAAGAACUCUUCCUGGAAGACGAAAUUGAAAAUGACGACAGCGACGACGAGAGUUUUACCUCCAUGGAUAUUCUGUCGGUUGAUCCAGCAUGCAUGGUGGUUCCGACAUCCGCGAAGGCAUCCUCCGGGGUAGCUAAGCAUAAAGACUUUAUCCGGGGUCUGCCUGUCCAUAUUGCUAAAUAUGUGCUGGGAUUUUUGGACAUUGCUUCGUUACACAAUGCACUGUGUGUAAGUAGCAUUUGGUGCUCUCUAGUGGAGGAGGUUCAUAAGGAGUUCCGAAUCAACCAGGAUCUAUCCGAAGAAGUCAUGCUCAUGCAGGGUGCUGCAGCACAAGGUGCCAACCCAGUGUACGCCAAAGAUGUAGACGUGAUCGUGCCAAACCUUCACCCGGGGACACGGGAGAUGAUUACCACUCAAGAUCAAGUCGUCAAAGCCAAGUACAAGAAUGAGGUCAACUUUGAAACGGCUUUGACAGGAAUAUCAUGUCGUAAGGUUAUCAUGGAGGAACGCAACGUCUAUUGUGGGUCAUAUAACGUCAUGGUGCUCAAAGAUGUAGAGGACUCGCAUCGUGUUGUACACACCUGUGGGGGCAAACUGAUUGCCAUCGGGUCAAAGGACCGCAAGGUGCGGUUUAUAGAGCGUGAGUCGGGGAAGGACCAGGGACCAGUCAUUACUGGACACGCUGGUAGUGUCCGCUGUGUUUAUCUGUGUGAGGAGGAUGGCUAUGUCCUCAGUGGGAGUUACGACACUAGUAUCAGAAUGUGGAACAUGGAGACUGGGAAGUGUAUGCGAAUAUUCCGAGGCCAUCGUGACACGAUUCUUACGAUCCUGGUGUACCGCGAUUACCUGGUCUCUGGGGCCAAAGACAACUGUUGUAAAG